AUGGGUAUCGCCAAGAAGACUCGCAAACCCGCUAACCAAAAGCCUUGUACGGCGAAACAGGUCAAGCGCACGAUCAGCCAGCGAGACCAGCGCGUCAAGCAGCCCCUGAAUGGCAAGAAGGAAGAGAAGAAACCCCAACAGGGCGAGGAGCUCACCCGGCACAUCCCCGCCGCGCCCUCGAACAUGUUCUUCGCCGCGAACACCGCCCUGGGACCCCCCUACACCGUGCUCGUGGAUACCAACUUUGUCUCGCAUACGAUCCGCGCGAAAUUGGAUAUGCUACCGGCGAUGAUGGACCUGUUAUACGCAAAGUGCAUCCCGACAUUUACAGAUUGCACAAUUGCCGAACUCGAAAAGCUGGGCCCGAAGUUCCGUCUUGCGCUGAGAGUCGCCAAGGAUCCGAGAUGGUCGAGAUUGCACUGCGACCACGCCGGUACCUAUGCAGAUGACUGCAUCGUGGACAGGAUCAUGAAGCACCGCAUCUACACCGUUGCCACGAACGAUCAGGAUCUCGUACGACGUAUCCGGAAGAUCCCCGGUGUACCGAUCAUGAAGGUCGCGCGGGGCAAGUACGUGAUUGAGCGCUUGCCCGACAGCUUUGACUGA